CCCCAGCGCCGGCCCCAGCCCCCGCCGCCCGCGGGCCGCCCCGCAUUGUCCGGGCGGCAGCGGGAGGAUGCGGCGCCCCGCACGGCCGCCCGCCGCCGGGCUGCGCUAGGGCCCGCCGGCAUGAGGAGGUCUGUUGAAGAUGCACUGGUCACCAGAGCAUGCCCAGUCCCUGAACCAGUGGCCGGAGCAGCACCUCGACGUCUCCUCCACCACCUCGUCCCCAGCCCACAAACCCGACCUCUACCCCAGCACCCGCCAGCGCUUCAACUACGCCUGGGCCAACGAUGACAUCUCAGCGCUCACGGCCUCCAACCUCCUCAAGAGGUACGCCGAGAAGUACUCGGGGGUGCUGGAUGCGCCCUACGAGCGCCCGGCGCUCGGUGCCUACGGGGACGGAGCCUUCGGGCCGGUGAAUGGGCAGAAAGGGGAUGGGGAGCCCUGGCCGGGGGCACACGGCUCCGACGGCUCCUACCCGCUGACCCCCAUCCACGAUGGGCUCCCCGGCACCAAGGGGGUGGUGCCCCCUGCCAGCGGCGGGGCCAUUGGGCUCGGCGGCUCCCCCGUGGUACCCGCCAGCCUCGCCGAUCCCAUGUAUCCCAGUAACUCCUGCGGAGGAGCCGGCGCCGGCUCCGCCGGGAUCGCAUCAUCUCAGGAGUACCCCUCAGGUUACGGCGGCACCUAUUUACCCUCCGGCUACUGCACCCAGCCGGCGGCAGCGCUGCCCCCUCCGCACCCCCCUGCCCUCCAUGGCUCAGGGCUCCUGCAGCCCCCGCACCCAUCUCCUGCCCUGGUGCCGGGCUAUGGCUCCUCCGGCCCCAUGUACAACUACACAGCCGGCAGCUACCCGCCGCAGCCGGGCUAUGGGAGCAUCCACCCGCCCCAUCCCUCGGCUUCCUACCUGCCCUCCGGCAUCGCGGCGCCCACCCCGAUCCCAGCACCGCCGCCCGCUGCCCGCCCGCCCGGUGUCCCCGGUUAUGGGUACCAGGGCGCUGGCUUGGCCCCGCUGGCCGUGCCCCCCCUUGGCACCGAGGCGGCCGGCGCGCUGAAGAGGAAGGCGUUUGAGGAGGAUGAAGGGGAGGGCAGGUAUAGGAAAUACAGCUACGAGCAGCCAAAGUCCCCCUACCCCCUGUCAGACAACGGCGAGUGCCGGGGCAACGGGUUCGGUGGCAGCGCCGAGUCCCCGCAGGUGGCCUUCAAGCCCGGGAAGCGGCCGUCGGGAGCCGGGAAUGCCGAGGAGCACAGCGGCAAGUACAGCGGGCAGCCCAUGAAGGGCAUGGUCUCACCGCCCUACGGCACCGGGGAUGCGCCUCUCGCCAAUGGGGACCGGGCGGCUGAGCCGGGGCCCCCGUUCCCACUGCGGCUGCCCCCCAAAGCCCCGCUCUUCAGCAGUGCAGCAGUGGAGGAGCAGCCCAAGAACGUCGACCCCUUGCUCUUGGAGCUGGUGAACACCAAGAUCGUGGAGCGGGGGCCGCCCGUGCAGUGGACGGACAUCGCCGGGCAGGUCUCUGUGAAGGCCACCAUUGAGGAGGAGCUGGUGUGGCCCAUCCUGCGCCCCGGUGCCUACACCGGGGGGGGACGGCCGCCCCGGACCAUCCUGCUCUUUGGUCCCCGCGGCACGGGGAAGACGCUGCUGAGCCGCUGCAUCUCCACGCAGCUGGGCUCCACCUUGCUGAAGCUCAGCGGGACAGCCCUGCUCUCCACCUGGAAAGCCGAGGCUGAGAAGAUCCUGCAGACCGUGUUCUUCGUGGCCAGCUGCCGGCAGCCCGCAGUGGUGCUCAUCACCGAGGCCGAUGCCUUGCUGCUGGCCCGGGCCGGCGAGGACGUGAGCAGCCUCAAGUCCCAGCUCCUCUCCUACCUGGACGACGUCUCUACCUCAUCGGAGCAGAACGUGGUCGUCAUCGGGACCACCUCCCGGCCCGGCAGCAUGGAUGAAGCCUCGCACCGGCGCUUCGCCAAGCGCUUCUACAUCCCCCCCCCGGACAGCAUCGCCCGGAGGCAGAUCCUCCAUCACGCCCUGGCUCAGCAGAGCUGCUGCCUGAGCGAGCGGGAGAUGAACUCCCUGGUGCAGCACACGGAGAGCUUCUCGGGCAGCGAGCUGGUGCAGCUGUGCCAGCGCGCCGGGGCCACGGCGCUGCACGGGCUGCAGGGCCAGCUCCAGCCCCUCUCCUACCAGGACCUGGAGAAGGCGUUCUGCAAGGUGCGCCCUGCUGCCUCCCAGAAGGAGCUGGACUUGUUCCUGGAAUGGGAUAAACUGUACAGCACCAGGCAUUGACGCCGCGGGGCACCGGGAUGGACCCCUCGCCCCAUCCCAAGGCACUGGGACCGCUUGGAGGGGGCUGCGUUGGGGUCUGGGGAGGCUCUGGUUCUGCAUAACCAAACCUCACCCCGACUCCUUUGGCCUUGGCCAGGCUUUUCCUCUCCUUGGUUUUCCGGCGCCCACUGAACUCAGGAUAACCUAUUUAUUGUAUUCCCGUCCAUCCAUCCCCGGUGCAGACGGAUGGCGAAGGCUGGAGACGCCUCCGCAUCCCCUUUCCAGCCUCGGCUACCCAACAGCUUGACUCUUACCGUUCCUUUUGAUAUCCCUUUGACUGAUUGUUCCCAACAGGAAUACCUCCGGCGUCUUGAGCAGAGCAGCCCCUCGCCCAUGGCACCAGCAGCCGUGAUCCAGGAGGGAAUGAAUGGGGAGGGGAAAGCCACAGACCUGGGGGUGUCGGAGUUAAAGGCUGUAGAUGGAUCUCCUAGACUUGGGUUUUUAUUUUUGUAAGGUAUGUAGUGAUUUUGGGUUUGUUUUUUGCUUUUGAACUACUCAGGAAAAGAAAUACCUCAACAAAAAGAGAAAAGAAUGUGUUUAAAACCCUCUUUUUAUGGUAGGAAAAGAGCUUUUUAAAGAGUUUUCAGACCUUGGACAAAGCUGCUUCAUUGCAUUUGCUUCCAAAAGGGCUGGAGGAAGAAAGGAAGAGACAAAAAGAAACUUGAAGCUGUUACAAAGAGCAAAGUUGAAUGUAUUUUGGGUGCUUUUCACAUCUCUGAUGCCAUGAGUUGAGUUC